GUACGUUUCAUCUGCGCACUGACGUAUCCACCUAGCGGACCAAUAGGACAGAAGAGUGGGCGGGCUACGGGAAGGACCCGGUUUCCGGUUCCGUUGGGUUCCUGUCCGGCUCUUGGCUACGUGUCCCUAGGAGCUGUGGUGGCGAACCGGCAAUCAUGGAUCAGGUAAUGCAGUUUGUUGAGCCAAGUCGCCAGUUUGUGAAGGAUUCAAUUCGCCUGGUGAAAAGAUGCACCAAACCAGACAGAAAAGAGUUCCAGAAGAUCGCCAUGGCAACAGCAAUAGGCUUUGCCAUCAUGGGCUUCAUUGGCUUCUUUGUGAAGUUGAUCCACAUCCCCAUUAACAACAUCAUUGUGGGUGGCUGACCAUUUUGGAAGAGCGUUUGUCUUCCUAGCCUCUUUGGGAGAAGCUCAUGAAGUAAAAAUUUGCCUGUGCUUUGUAUCCCGCCCCUCAAAGUGUUUUCUAUUUGUAAAUUAAAAUAAUUUGAAAAUAAAUAAAUUUCUCUUUCCCCAUCACA